AUGAAUAAACGGCGGACAUUACCUGCAUUUGUUCUAGAUUCAGCUUUCUUCUCCCGAUUCACCCAUCGUCUGAGCAAUUCUUCACCUCAAGCUUUCAGGAUGACGAAUUUCGCUAUGCCCGCGUGGACCAUUCUGUGGUUAUUGGCUCCUCUGUGCUCAGGACGUCCCACCGCCACUGACAAACUGAUCAGAGACACCCGUCUCUUGGCCCGGACCGUCAUCAGCCGCAUUCAGGAGGCCAACAAUCAGUUCAAGCCAGCACCAAGCCUCAUUUUCAGCGGAUUAGACCUAAUUCCGGAACCACUCAAAGGGAAUAACCUAGAGAGCCUUGGGACUGUGGAUGAGGCACUGGGCUGCUUCAUUGAGAGUCUGGACACACUCCAGAUGGAUAACACACUGCAGAUCCAAACUGACGUGAAGAACCUCAAAGUCCUGGUCAGGUCUUUGGCCACUUCAUACGGCUGCUCUGUCUCUAGAUGUGAGAAGGCACAUCACCUGAAGAGAUUUCUCCAGAAGAAUUCUGCUUUUGUUUUUACCAUUAGACAUGUGAUUCUGGACAGGCUCCAAAAAUACCUGAUUAGGCUUCUCAGGACUUUGGAUAACCCCAAGAGCUGCAAGGCUUCUUAAUCUAUGAACAGGUCCAGUGGAUGCAUAAUAGAGCAUUUGAAAAAUGC